AGUGCUUCCCUCUCUUUUCGUUCAACGUUCAUUCACCCAUAAUAAAGACCCUCAAAAAAGUUUUGCUGUAUAUGCAGUAGAGGGAGUGAGUUGAAGAGUGGUGAUGAUGUAUAACAUGGAUUCACCUUCAGGAUCUCACUCUCAGCACCCACAGCUGCCUCCUGGGUUUCGUUUCCACCCCACAGAUGAAGAACUAGUGGUUCACUAUCUCAAGAGAAAAGCAGAUUCUGCUCCUCUUCCCGUUGCCAUCAUCGCUGAUGUUGAUCUCUACAAGUUCGACCCAUGGGAGCUCCCAAGUAAGGCAGCGUUUGGUGAGCAAGAGUGGUAUUUUUUCAGUCCGAGGGAUAGGAAAUACCCAAAUGGGGCGAGGCCAAACAGGGCUGCUACAUCUGGGUAUUGGAAAGCUACCGGAACUGACAAGCCUAUACUUGCAUCUCAUGGACACCACAAGGUUGGAGUCAAGAAAGCACUUGUUUUCUAUGGUGGGAAGCCUCCGAAAGGGGUUAAAACCAAUUGGAUCAUGCACGAGUAUAGGCUUGUUGAUAAUUCCUCAAAUUCUACCUCAAAACCACCACCUCUGGCUCCUCAUCAUGCGCACAGUAACAAAAAGAGUUCAUUAAGGCUUGACGAUUGGGUUUUGUGCCGAAUAUACAAGAAAAGCAACAGUACCAUCAGCGUGCCGAGAGUACCCAUGGUGGAUCAAGACAGGGAGGUUUCUACGGAGAGUACUAUGUUACAAACUUUGUCAACUUUGUCAAUGGCUAAUAAUAAUACACAUCAGAAUUCCAAAUCCACGUCUUCGAGAAGCGCAAGUUAUGGUCCUCUAGGACUCGAAAAUGAUGAUACUUUUUUUGAUGGAUUCUUAGCAGCUGAUCAGAGCGUGCAAGAUGGUUGUGAUUCCCGCCAAGUGUCUUCAAACGCGAGGGGAAACUUCCCUGUGAAACAAGCACUUUCAUCACAGUUUUGGAAUGACACAGGCUCAUCUUCUUCAAGUAGGCGAUUCCAUUGUGAUCUUAGUAAUGGGAGCAGCACUGCUGAGGAAAAUAACUCCUUUUAUUCUCUGCUGGGCCAACUUCCACACAACGCAACGUUUCACCCAAAUGGGCUUCUUGGCCAUGUUGGUGAUGGUGUUUUGAGGCAACAAGUUCAACUUCAACUUCCAAGCAUAAAUUGGAAAGCUUAAAGUGCCUUUGGAUUCACGGGAAAAUGAUCAUGGAUCUAGGAUGCUCCUAGUUAUAGUUUCUACGUCAGAUUCACAUUUAUAGAUUUUUCAACGUGUUUCCAAAUACACUGUAGUGUAAUUAGAUACCAGCUUCAAUAAUGUACGUAUAUAUAGCUGCCAUUGUAGGUACGUUAAGUUUUAGGUUGAGUUUUAUUAUUUUGCUAUAUAUGAAAAACACAAGAGGGAGAGAGAGAU